UGAUCAAAUAUCAUCAAGCAACAUGGAGACUUUGUUUAUCAUCAUCCUCUCUCUCUGCAUGGCUGCACUCCUCAAGACCCUCUUCAACCUCCUCUUUCCCUCCAUCAGUACACCUAUGCUAACCAAAACCAAAGCCAAGAAACUCCCUCCAGGUCCUUCCAUGGUUCCCAUCAUAGGCAACCUCCUAUGGCUCCGCAAAUCCUUCUCCGAGCUCGAACCCAUCCUCCGAAACAUGUACACUAAGUACGGCCCCCUCGUCACCAUCCGCUCCGGCUCUCGCCCCGCCAUCCUCAUCGCCAACCAUUCCCUCGCCCACCAAGCCCUCAUACAAAACAGCGCAGUCUUCGCCGACCGCCCAGCCGCUCUCCCCGUAGUUCGCAUCUUCAGCAGCAACCAGCACAACGUCAGCUCCGCAGCCUACGGCCCCACCUGGCGCCUCCUCCGCCGCAACCUCACCUCCAAAAUCCUCCACCCCUCCCAGGUGAAGUCCUACUCUCACGCCCGCAGUCGGGUCUUGCGCAUCCUCGUCGACCUCCUCAAAAACCAGUCUCGACUCGGAGAGCCCGUUAGGGUUUUUAAACAUUUCCAGUAUGCCAUGUUCUGUUUGCUUGUUUUCAUGUGCUUUGGGGACGAGCUUGAGGAGAAGCAGAUCAAAGACAUAGAAGCUGUCCAGCGCAAGCUCCUAUUAUCUGUCAGCAGAUUCAACAUACUAAAUUUCUGGCCUAGACUGGGGAAGAUUUUGUUUCGAAAUCGCUGGAAAGAGCUCAUGCAGCUGCGGAAGUGUCAAGAAGACGUGUUGAUUCCUCUAAUAAGAGCUCGAAUGAAAGCCAAACUAGAGACUCAUCUAUGCAAGAAUGCGCAAAAUGAAGAAGACAAGGAAGAGUUUGUCAUCUCAUAUGUAGAUACUUUAAUGAAUCUCCAGCUGCCGGGGGAGAAGAGAGAGCUUAACGAAGGAGAGAUGGUGAGUUUGUGCUUGGAGUUUCUAAAUGCUGGCACCGACACUACAUCCACGGCGCUGCAGUGGAUCAUGGCCAACCUAGUGAAGUACCCACGUGUUCAAGAAAAGCUUUUUGCAGAGAUUAAUGGAGUACUUACUGGAAAACUUGGAGGAAAAAGGGUAGAAGAGGUGAAAGAGGAGGACUUGCAGAAGAUGCCAUAUCUGAAAGCUGUGAUAUUGGAAGGUUUAAGGCGCCACCCUCCAGCACACUUUGUGAUGUCUCAUGCUGUCACCGAGGAUGUAGAGUUGAAUGGGUAUGUAGUGCCCAAAAGUGCUACUGUGAAUUUCAUGGUGGCAGAGAUGGGCCAAGACCCGAAAGUGUGGGACAAUCCAAUGGUAUUCGAGCCCGAGCGAUUUUUAUCAGUGAGCUGCGGAGGAGAAGUGUUUGACAUAACAGGGAGCAGGGAGAUAAAGAUGAUGCCAUUUGGGGCAGGAAGGAGGAUGUGUCCUGGGUAUGGACUGGCCAUGUUUCAUUUGGAGUAUUUUGUGGCCAACUUGGUUUGGCAGUUUGAGUGGAAAGCUUGGGGAGGAGAGGAGGUUGAUCUCUCAGAGAAGCAUGAGUUUACUAUUGUAAUGAAAUGUCCAUUGCGGGCUAAUCUUUCUCCAAGAGUGAGGGAUUUAACUGGUUAGAGUCAAGGAUUUCCCAUUCCUUCCCUCUUCGUUCGAAGUACUACCUCUGCCUUCCCUUUAUAACCCUCCUUUCCAAUCACUAAGAAAAAAUAAAUACCAAUCACCCUAUCUAAGUAAAGCUUCCACUGUUAUUUUUCGGCCCCAGGAGAGUUUACUCGUCCCCAGUCUCCCGCACUGCUCAAGUGUGUGAACUUAAUUGAAGGGCCAAAGAUUGAUAUGAAAGAAAUUAAGCUGUCA